UCUCUCCUUCUUCCGCACCCCCAAUCAAUCAAAGCCAAUUCGCUCCCAGCCACCACGGCAAUGGCGGUGGACUCGGGCUCGCCGCUGGCCGCGGAGAAGGGCGAGGCGGCGCUCCAGCAGCUGCGGCAGGCCGACCCGUCCCUCUACCUAUCCCCUUCCGCUAACCUCGCCGCCGCCGCGCGGGCGGCCCUCAAGCACCUCCACUCCUCGCUCGCUGUAGCCUCUCCGGUGCAGCCGCCGCCGCUCCAGGACCUGCUGGCUGGCCCUGAGUUCGACGCGGAGCAGAUCUGGUCCCAGAGCGAGCUGCUUGCCCGCCCACUCCUCCCCCACCUCCACCGCCAGCUCCGCCGCCUCGAGCACCAGGCGCCGCCUCCUGAGCCGUCGAAGCCUGCCGAGGCCGAGGAGGAGGAGGAAGUGUCAGAAGAUGAGGAGGGUGGAGAUGGUGAUGAUGGGGAUGAGUUGAAUGAGGCAGAGCUGGAGGACAUUGAUGACGAGUUGGAAUCGGGGGAGGAUGAGGAUGAGGAGGAGGAGGAGGAUGAUGAAGAAGAGGAAACGGAGGAGUUGGAGGGGAAAGCUGGAAACAGGGUGGAGGACAAGUUCCUCAAGAUAAAUGAGCUGGAAAAGUUUCUGGAGCAGGGGGAAGAAGCAGAGUAUGGUGGGAGUUCCAAGGAAGGAGAGAAGAAGAAGAAGAAGAAGGCAGGCGUGAACUGGAUGGAGGACGAGAGUGAUGAGGACAUGGAUGAAGACGGCGACGAAGAUGAAGAUGAUGACGAUUUGGAUUUAGAAGAUAUUGAGUACGAUGAUGAUGAAGAGGAUGGAGGAAAAUCUGGCGGAGAUAUAAGGUAUGAGGAUUUUUUUGAGGGAAAAACUAAGCAACAAGUCAAAAAGAGAAACGGUUCCACAAAGAAAGUUCAAUUCAAGGAUGAAUUACAUGAAGUUAAAGUGGAUCACACUGAGAAUGAUGAUGGAAAUGUUGGCCCAGCAUUAGAGGAUGAACAGGGUCUUUCAACUCAUGAGAAGGAGCGCCUGAAGAUGCAUGCUAAAAUUGAGCAGAUGGAGAAAGCUAGUCUUGAACCCAGUGUAUGGACCAUGAAAGGAGAGGUUACUGCUUCCAGCAGGCCCAGAAAUAGUGCCCUGGAAGUGGACCUUGAUUUUGAGCACAAUGUAAGACCUGCCCCAGUAAUUACGGAGGAAGUCACAGCUUCUCUCGAGGAGAUGAUAAAGAAAAGAAUUGCGGAGGGUCAUUUUGAUGAUGUUGAAAAGCCUUCAACCCUGCCGUCUAAAGCUCCAAAGGAGCAAAAGGAGAUGGAUGAAAACAAGAGUAAGAAGGGUCUUGCUGAACUUUAUGAGGAAGAUUAUGUGAAAGAAGCUGGCCUUGCACCUGCCCCACUUUCUAUUUCAGAUGAACUAAAGAAAGAGGCAAAUACUUUAUUUAAGAGGAUAUGCUUGAAGUUGGAUGCACUGUCCCAUUUCCACUUUGCUCCGAAGCCGGUCAUUGAGGAUAUGUCUAUACAAGCAAAUGUGCCUGCUCUAGCAAUGGAAGAGGUUGCGCCUGUAGCCGUUUCAGAUGCUGCAAUGCUUGCCCCGGAAGAAGUUUUCGAAGGAAAAGGUGAUAUUAAAGAGGAAGCAGAACUUACACAAGCCGAGCGCAAAAGAAGAAGAGCCAACAAGAAAAGGAGAUAUGCAGAAUCACAUAAGGAUAAACCAGCAGAAUCACACAAGGAGAGACCAGCCAAGUUGCAGAAAGAUUAACCCCAAAUAUGGAGGAAGCUGCUGUUACCUGCUACUCCAAACCUUUGGCAACCGGUGGUUGUUCAAGCCCAACAGUGCAGAUGCUCUGGUUUCGCCAGUGACCCUUUGUCUUGUAAUUUGAUGCCUGAUCUGCAAUUUAAGGUUCUGGUGUAACCAUUUUUCGAGCUUUCCUUGCAGUGUAGAAGUAGAAAGUAUAUCUUCAAUCAAACAAUCAUUUUUUGGAAGAAUUUUGUGGGGCAAUAUGUUUUGUUUGGGCUAGGUAAACCGAGAAAGGAAAUGCAAUUGCUAAAAAAUGUUGUUCACUAUGUCAGCUCCUUGUAUUCAAAAGUGUUCAAAACUUCAGGAGGCUGAUGGCAAAUUUAGAAGUCUGAACCAUACUGAA